AUAGCGAGUCCGGCGCAACUGAGCUGUUGACAGGAGAGCGAGUGACAGGAGAGAGAGAGAGGUAGACUGGGAGAGAGAGAGAGAGAGAGAGAUAGAGAGAGAGGUAGAGUAAAAAUAAAGAAAGAAAAGGAAAAAAGAGAAAGAACUGCUGCUGCUGCCGCUGUCGUGUUCACGUGUAGGUGGGGUUCACUGGUAAACAAGCCGGUAGAGGAACCGACGAAGCGCUUUUGGGGCGGAGAGUCGGAGAGCGAAAGAGAGAGAGAGAGAGAGAGAGAGAGAGAGAGAGAGAGAGAGAGAGAGGGGAGAGGGAGAGAGAGAUAGAAAGAGAAAGAGAGAGAGAGAGAACGAGAGAAAGAGAGAGAGAGUCAUCCAAGGUUCGCCUGCUCCGCCGAGGGGGGGAGUGGGGGAGGACACACUCACUCACUGCCAACCCAGGCGGGCGACGAGGUUGGGCCUGCAGCCCAGGAAAACAUGGAGCUCGAGAAUAUCGUGGCCAACACCGUUCUCCUGAAGGCGAGGGAAGGAGGGGGUGGUAACCGAAAAGGCAAGAGCAAGAAGUGGAAACAGAUGCUGCAGUUCCCUCACAUAAGCCUGUGUGAAGAACUCCGCCAAACUAUAGAGAAAGACUACAACAGCCUUUGUGAGAGGCAGCCAAUCGGGCGCAUGCUCUUUCGGCAGUUCUGCGAUACCAGGCCGGAGCUGAGGCGCUGUGUCAGAUUUUUGGAUUCUGUGGCUGAGUAUGAAGUAACCCAAGAUGAGAAGCGGAAGGAAUGUGGACAGGAAGUCCUUGACAAGUUUCUUAAUCCAAAGUCAGAGGACCACGUCGCUGAGGUGUCGGAGGAGAUGGCGUCUAAAUGUGCCGAACGCUUGGAACAGGAGGCCUGUAAAGAGCUCUUUAUGGAGUGUACAAAAUUGAUCCACGACUACCUGAGUGUGGCUCCCUUCGCAGACUACCUCGACAGCAUGUUCUUCAACCGCUUCCUACAGUGGAAAUGGCUUGAAAGACAACCAGUUACAAAAAACACAUUCCGACAGUACAGGGUAUUGGGGAAGGGCGGAUUCGGUGAGGUCUGUGCAUGCCAGGUGCGUGCCACAGGGAAGAUGUAUGCCUGUAAGAAGUUGGAGAAGAAAAGGAUCAAAAAGAGAAAAGGCGAAUCCAUGGCCCUGAAUGAGAAGCAAAUUCUGGAAAAGGUCAACAGUCGGUUCGUAGUGAGUCUGGCGUAUGCCUACGAGACGAAAGAUGCCCUAUGCUUGGUUCUCACGCUGAUGAACGGGGGGGACCUGAAGUUCCAUAUCUACCACAUGGGCGAGGCCGGCUUUGAGGAGAAGAGAGCGAUCUUCUACGCUGCUGAGAUCUGCUGUGGUCUGGAAGAUCUCCACAGAGAGAGGAUAGUCUACAGAGAUUUGAAGCCGGAAAACAUAUUGUUAGAUGACCAUGGUCACAUCCGCAUAUCAGACUUGGGCCUGGCUGUGCACGUACCAGAGGGCCAGACAAUCAAAGGGCGUGUUGGAACUGUGGGCUAUAUGGCUCCAGAGGUGGUGAAGAAUGAACGGUACACCUUCAGUCCGGACUGGUGGGCUCUGGGCUGUCUGUUAUACGAGAUGAUCGAGGGCCAGUCUCCUUUCCAGCAGCGCAAGAAGAAAAUCAAGCGGGAGGAGGUGGAGCGGCUCGUCAAAGACGUGGAAGAGGAGUACUCCAGCAAGUUCUCAGAGGACGCCAAGUCCCUCUGUAAAAUGCUGCUGGCCAAAGACCCCAACGAGAGGCUUGGCUGUCAGGGAGGAGCCUCGGAGGUGAAGGCCCACUCCCUCUUCCGCUCCAUCAACUUUAAGAGGCUGGAGGCAGGCAUGCUGGAAGCCCCUUUCAUUCCUGAUCCUCAGGCCAUUUACUGUAAGGACGUGCUGGACAUCGAGCAGUUCUCCACCGUGAAGGGGGUGGAGCUGGAGCCCAAAGACGACUCCUUCUACAACAAAGUGUCCACAGGCAGUGUGCCCAUCCCUUGGCAAAAUGAGAUGAUUGAGUCAGAAUGUUUUAAGGAACUCAAUGUGCUGAAUUUGGACGGCACUCUACCCCCAGACCUGGACUGGAGAGGCCAGCCAUCACCUCCACCCAAACAAGGCCUGCUGCAGAGACUCUUUGGGAGACAGGACUGCUGUGGAAACUGCAGCGACAGUGAUGAGGAGCCCACACGGCUGUGAGGGGGCGGGGCUGACCCAGACCUCUCCCCAUCCAACUGAGGAUCUCAUUUGUUUACAAUUUUUGCACAUUUGUAUUUUUAAGAUAGCUCUAUAUAAACAUUGGAAUGUAUAUUUUCACUAUAUAGCCAUGCAGUCUAUAUGUUAUUUAAAGUCAACGAAAACGAAAAGACAGCAAAAAGGGUCACGAUUACCGUCCAUCAUUUGCAAAGUACUGCAAUGACAGGUAAGUCAACACUGUUCAAGACUUGAAGCCUGACUGACCCCGACAGCCUUCUUUCUGUGUUACCUGCCUGUGUCAUAGCCUCCCUGCGACCUUUUCUUCUUCUUCUUUUUUUUUUCCUCCUUUCUUUUUUUCAUGUAUGGUGGUUUUUUUUCCAUCUGUGUUCUGUUUUCUAUUGUUUUACUGAUUCUCUCACGUGAACAUGUACAGCGCGUGCUCAGACGUAUUGUUUUAAACAUGGGCAGAAGAAGAAUUAAGUAGGGUCACAGAUAUUUUUAUAUUUAUAUUUUUCAUUUUUAUUUUUCUUAAUGGUAAUCUUGACAAUCAAAUGAUACCAUUUGUACACAAUCUUGACAGACGCGCAUGUGGGAUGGGGUUCAAAACAUGGAGACAGGAAGUGACUGAUGACUGAAGAGAUGGAUUUUCUUGAAUUUGUAAACGUAGACUAUGAAUUUGAAAACUAUGGCCUGAAGUCUCAAAUGUGUAUAUGUAGGGAUAGUUAGAUAGAGGCACCUACUGAACCAAAUAGGUGUGAAUUGAAAGGUUUUAAAAUGAAAAUGCAUAUUGUAUAUUGUCACUUUUAUGCAAAAAAAAAAAACCCUUAUAUCACCAAAAUGGCAACUUAAAGGUAAAAGGAAAAAACUUCUUAGCCUUCAGUGGAAGCCUAUGUAUUUAAAAAAAAAGAUCAAGCAGUUAUUUUGAUUUAUUCAUCAUGAAUUUCUAAAUCAGUAUACAGAACAUUCAACAUUUUAAAAAACAGCUGAAGAAAUAUGGAGAUACAAGGAUUGUUCUUGCCUGAAUGUGACAAUAUGUUAACAACUGUCUGCACACAGUUGUUGUCAUGUUUGUAAAUAUGCGACACUCAUCUGUAAAGCCCUGAGUGUGUCUUCCUGCUAAUUUCUCUAUGGACAUUUGAGGGGGAAAGAAACAAAUCAUAAAAAAACACACACAACCUGCAAUUUAAAGUGGCCCAUUUGUGCAUGGUGAGACAUUUUGCAUUUAUAAUGCACUGAUCAUCAUACAGGUUCUGUGAUUGAAAUAAUCUGUGUUAUCAGGUUAUCAUGUGCUGGUUAUCAAGGGGCACAUACGUAUAUAUUGAAUCAAACGCGUUUGUAAUCUUCAUCCUACUGCAUUAUAUAGACGUGAUUUUGUUGCUGUGAGUAGAUUUAAAUCAGUCAUAAUGUCAUUCAUACGCUGUUCAAAUGUUUAUUGCUGCUUUCCCACAUUUUGGGUCAAAGAAAUGAAAUCCCCACAAACACACACACACACACACCCAUACA